AUGGAAGUGAAACGCAACCUCGUUGGCGGUUGGGUACCGUCGCCUCUUCGCAAGUCAAGGAAAUGCAAGAACCUAACUGUCCAAGCGUCGAAGGUUGUUAUGUCCUCCGACCGCGUCAGACUUUCGACGGGGGCGACCACCAUCGUCCGAGCACCCAUAGCGCGUGGCAAGUCCUUCGUCGGCAACGCAGCUUUUCGGGCUUCCCUUCCUGAGCUGACCAGUCGCGAGCAGCACGACGAUAUCAGCCAUGAGCAGCAGCAGCAGCAGCAGCAGCAGGAUUCCUCUUCCUCCAUGCCCCCCAUUCCCCUGUACGGCAGCGUCAGUCCCGUACCCUGGCGCGAUGCCAUACUCGCUAGCAGCGCCUCUCCGGCUGUCACGACCCUCCCUGUCACGAAUAUUGCCACACGGAAAAGCCUCAAUAACGCUGCGCUCCCAUCCAGCCAGACGUUACCGGUCACGGGCACGGCCGGCGGUGCCGCCGCCGCUGGCGGCAGCUCGUUUUAUCGACGCAACGGCGUGGCCACUAACGUUGACGCUCAACAAAAGGCCGACCGGAAAUCGCCGCCCCAUCAGGGGCCCCAUGCUGCCGUACAUGUCGCCAGGCUUGCAAACGAACACGCGCGGGAACAAGCGCGGGUCGAAAGAGCUCGAUCGACGCUAUUUGGGGGGGAGCUGCCGUCGGUACGGAGGCUAAGCAGCGGCGCCGCUGUCGAUGGUAACGCAAGCGGCGGCGGCGGCGGUGGUGUGGAGCUCCGGGUGCUCGUACCGACGCAGUCCGUACAUAAAUCCUUAGAGGUUUUGGAGCAUCGGGGUCUUCGUACAGGCAAGAGCUUCACGCAAAGGGCCCUGGAGGACCCGAACAACCCCGCGUUUAAGACCGCCAAGCAAUUGGCGGCCGUACAGGAGAAGUUGUCGUACAUGGAGGAUCCCGAUUGGAGAGCGAAGGCUGCGGAGAUGGGACAUACAUACGUCAUACACGACGUGUUGAUGGACGUGUCGAGGCACGUGACAAUGCAGGGGCCUGGAUUCCUGAAAGGCGUGGAUGGAAGGCUGGAUGCAAAGUUGGGCGGCGGUGCAGUUAGGCUGCUAUUACUGCUCAUGCUGCAGGGGACUCACGGCCUGCGUCGACAAUAA